GUCUACUUUCUAAGUAGGAAGAGGGGGGUGGGGCCCUGAAUGCUAUAUAAGGCAGGGGCAGCGUUCAUUCUUGCAGACCCAAGAGGGGGAAGGACGAGUCCCCUUUGUUUUCUGUCUCGUGAAUCGAAAGAUCUUCGUUUCUGGCAGCUGUGGAACUCCAAGAUGUGGACGAAAGUGGCAGCGCUCUUACUCUUCGGAGUAUUUGUGGCGGUUCAGGCUGAGACCCCAGCCAGACGAACCUGCUACUACGAGAGCUGGGGCUUCACCAGACCCGGCGAAGGAUCUUACGACAUUGAGGACAUUCCAGGAGAUCUUUGCACUCACCUCAUCUACUCCUUCUGCGGCGUAUCCAACGUGACUUGGGAGGUUCUCAUCAUCGACCCUGAGCUGGACAUUGAAGCUAAGGGCUUCGAGCGCUUCACAGCCCUGAAGCAAAAGUAUCCUCACCUGAAAACCACAAUUGCCAUGGGAGGAUGGGCUGAGGGUGGCAAGAAAUACUCCCAGUUGGUCAGCAUUCCAGAACGAAGGGCUGGAUACAUCAGGAGUGUCGUGGCUCUGCUGAACGAAUACAACUUUGAUGGAUUUGACCUCGACUGGGAGUAUCCUGGUGCCAUGGACAGAGGUGGUGUUAUGGCUGACAAAGACAACUUCCUGAAAUUCGUGCUAGAGCUGAAGGCUGCCUUUGAAGCUGAAGGAAAGGGCUGGGAAAUCACCGCAGCUGUACCAGUGGCCAAAUUCAGGCUGGAUGAGGGGUACCAUGUUCCAGAGCUCUGCAGCCUUCUGGAUGCCGUCCACUUGAUGACCUACGAUCUUCGAGGCAACUGGUGUGGCUUCGCUGAUGUACACUCCAUGUUGUACCGUAGACCUAAGUGGGACGAGUGGUCUUACGAGAAGCUGAAUGUGAACGACGGCGCCCUCCUGUGGGAGGAUUUCGGCUGCCCUCGCGACAAGAUCGUCAUCGGGACGCCCUUCUACGGGCGCACGUACACCCUGGGGUCUCCUGAUAACCACGGGAUCCACGCCGGCAUCAAGGCUUGGGAGGGAGGUGGAAAGCCAGGACCUUACACCAAUGCCACUGGUACCCUCGCCUACUUCGAGAUCUGCAAGAUGAUGAUUGACGAUACCCAAUGGACUCCAGCUUAUGAUGAUGUUGGUCUAGUCCCUUACACCUACAAAGACGACCAGUGGGUAGGAUACGAGGAUCCCGACAGCCUCAAGAUCAAGAUGGACUACAUCAAGGAGAUGGGUUUCCUCGGAGCCAUGACCUGGGCUAUCGAUCAGGAUGACUUCCACGGAUGGUGCAACAAGGGAGUCAAUCCUAUGAUGACCACCAUCUACGAAGGAUUGAAGGAUUACAUGGUUCCAGAUGCUCCCACCGUCAUCCCACCCCCAACGCUCCCUACUCCUCCGGGACCAACCACCACCAGGGAUCCAUUCGCUCCAACGACCACAGCGCCACCCAUCGACUGCACCAAACAACUUUACUGGCCACAUGAAUAUUGCGACAAGUACUACUGGUGCGUAGAUGGGGUACCCCAGUUACAGCAGUGCCCCUCGCCUCUCCUCUGGAGUCAACCAGUUACCAUGUGCGACUGGCCAGAGAGUGUUGACACGUCCCAUUGCAAGCUGCCUUAGAUGAGUCUAAAGUUCCGUUCUCAAUUCACUGUCUCUCUCUGAGCGAACGAUCUGCUCAGGACGACUUAACGGGAACGUGAAAUCUUGAAGCUAAAAAAAUUGUUAAAUCUCCGUUCAUUUUGCGUUAGAUUUCUUAGAAGUAAUGUCAGACAGAACGUUUUCCUAACUCGUCAAUGAGACAGCUUUCUGAUUUAACGUGUCAUAUUUGCAGGCUAGACAUGAGGUCUGUAUUCUUCUCCAGUUGAUAUGACUUAGACCGUGGUGGGUUUUUUUUUUCAGUAAUAAAUAAAAUUCCUGAAUAUACUAA